AUGGAGUAUAAUGAGAAGAAAUUGUUUUUGAUUAAACUAAGCAAGUCGGUGGCAGUGCGUAAGUCUGAGCCUACUGAUGCAAAUACAGGAUAUCUCGAUGUGCAACAGAGAAUAGACAAAGUAUGGCGAGUGUAUGGAGUUGGCGAUGUGUAUGACUUGUUGCUGGAUAUGAGUAUGAGUGACGACGAAAGAAAGUUGGUGUUGAAACAGCUGGGUCAUAAACACGAAAUUGAUGCCUUGAUCUAUGUUGGCACUAAGAAGAAUUAUGGGAAUGAAGAAAGAAGGAACGAUGAUGUGAGAAGGAUAUUUAGUGCAAUUGAAGAUAAACGGAGGAAUAGAUUGUUGAGUGAUAUUUUUAAGAACAAAGGUUCGACAUAUUAUACUAUAGGUAGAUUUAAUGAGCUGAUGAAAGUACUGAAAGCAUCGCUUGAGUAUAACGAAAUAGCAGAUAUGCUGCUUGGGGUUAAAGGCAGAUGCCAAGCAACAGUUAUGAUUAGAGAGAUAUCAAUACAACAUGGGUAUAAGUAUGUAGCGAAUAUAUUGCUGAGCAUUGAUGAUAAUGGCUUGAAAAGCAUGAUUGCUAAUCUUAUUGAAUAUUGGGAAGUAUCAAUUCCAAGGAUAUUGAAUAUAGCUGAUGAAGUUGGUAAGCUUAGCAGACUGUUCAAUAUUAUUGUGUCACUUGAGGCUACCGAGGAGUAUAUCGAAACCUUGCUAGUUGAGUUUGUGAUCAAUGAUAGUAUUUUUAAUGAGUUGAUAGAUAAGCCGGAGGAGGAGCAGAAUGAAAUACUGAAAGUAAUUAAUAGUAAAAAACUAGUUGAUAAAAUAAAGUAUGCGAUCUUAGCACAACUAAUACGCAGAGAAUCUCCUAGAGACAUCUUGAAUAGAUGUGAUUUAGAUAAUAUACCUCAGAUUUUAGAUAGUAGUAAUUAUGAAGAGUUAGAAAAGCAUAAAGCAUAUACAAAAGAAGCGAUGCGUAUUCUAAAAAUACUUUUUGAUCUGAUUGUAACCAAAGGAUUGAUAGAUAGUAAUGCAUUGAAGAUGCUUAUUAGCAAUGAUAAUGGUCAUGAUGCCCAGACAAAUGAAUUGGAUAGAGUGUUUGAAACACGGGAGGAUAUCAUAGAGAUAAUUGAAACAAUAAAAAGAAAGAUUCCGGGAAUGGAAGAGCGUAUGAAUAAAAACCUGUGUGAAAUGGUAUGCAAUGUGAUACUAGGCACACGUAAAAUGGAUGACUACAGUAUUGAAUGCCUGUAUGAAUUGGUAAGCGUGAUGGAUGGAAUGAUGAGUAAAGCAGAGGGUCUAAAAUGGGAAUACAAGGAAUUAUAUGAUCAAGUAGUAAUGCUUUGCAACGAGAUCAAAAAGAAUAUACUCAUAAACUUGAUGGAAAGUAUUAGAAUGUUGCCUAUUGCUAAUACAAUUAUUCUUGAAAUAUACGAAGCAGUGAGGCAUAAUGAGUGUGCUAAUCGAUCUGAAUAUGAGAAUAAUAGUACAAGUGAUCCAAGCAAGUUUAUGAAUGAGAUGCUGAAUAAAAUGAAGUUUUAUGAAUGGGAGAGGAUGAUAUACAUUGUUGUGGAAAAGGUAUGCAAAGAGCAGACUGUUAAGGAUUAUGAUUUGAGCAAAGAAGGUGAUAAAGAAGUUAAACAGGCUAUCAAAGCAUUACCAUAUCUUAUAACGCUGAUAAACAAUUCCAAAAGCAAUAUGCUGAAUAAUAAUACUAAUGUAUCCCCAUUAGUGCUAUUGAUACUGCUUAUACUGGCAUCGAUGUAUAACAGCAUGAUAAGCCAAACGAUAGAAGAUAAAAACAAGCUCAUGUCUUCGAGUGAAGUCCAUGUGCAGCAUAUGGAAGUUGAUAAUGAGAGUAGUGUGUGGAAAAUGUUGAGUGUAUAA